UAAAUAUAAAAAAAAAACAAAUAAAUUAAAGUUAAGAGGAAAAUAGAAGAUUUGACUUGUGACUUGAAUGAUAAAUUAAAAUGUAAUACAAUUAGUUCUUUAGAAGCAAUUAUAUUUUAUGAAUUUAAUCAUUAAAAUUAUGAAGAUAUAUUGGAUGGGUCCAAGCAACAAAAUCACAUAAAAAAAAAAGAAAAAAAGUGAGCAGACGUGAAAGGAAGACAGGAAGACAGAGUAAGAGUAAUAGGCGUGUGGGUCCAGGGCCCACAAAAAAAACCGAGAGAAAAAUCCAAAAAUUUCAGUUGGGAGAAGGGAAGCGAAGUGAAGGGCGUCGGCCAUUAAUUAAGGCUCUCCAAAGAAAUCGUCUCCCUCCCCAAUCCCAUCUUCACCUUUCUAACUUUCUUUUCUUUUCUUUUAUCAAUCUGAUAUUGGUAAUAUUUAAACAACAGGAGAAAAUAAAAUUAUAAAAAACAUCCUUUUCUUAUUCUUCUUCUACGUUUCGACUUCAUACCAAAACACCAUCAACCAACCUUCCAUUUCUUUCUUUCUUUUCACUUCUAAUUCUUUUUUCACUUUGCCUUUUACUUAGCACCUUUUUCCAGUUGUUCAGCAGCAGAGAGUCAUUCUUGGUAUUGUGCCUUAAGGUUUACCUUAUCGUCAAUAAAUGCAGGGAUACGCUUACAGUGGGGGACAUGGAACACGCAGUGUGGGUGAAAGCUCUAGCUCAACAUCGUGGAGCAGUCAACAGGAUACUGAGGAUGACCGAAUGAUUGCUCUUGUACUAUCAGAAGAGUAUGCUAAACAUGAUGGUGCUGUUGCUAGACGCCUUUCUAAUCUCGCACCUGUUCCUCAUGUUCCGCGGAUUAAUACAUACAUACCCAACCUAAAUGAUGCCAGUAUGGAUCACCAAAGGCUUAUUCAAAGGCUAAAUGUUUAUGGUUUAUUUGAGGUGAAGGUUUCUGGGGAUGGAAAUUGUCAGUUUCGUGCACUUUCUGAUCAGAUGUUCAAGUCACCAGAACAUCACAAGCAUAUUCGAAAAGAAAUUGUAAAACAGCUGAAAGAAUAUCGUUCAUUAUAUGAAGGCUAUGUCCCAAUGAAGUACAAACGUUACUAUAAGAAAAUGAGAAAAUCUGGUGAAUGGGGGGAUCAUAUUACCUUACAAGCAGCGGCUGAUAAGUUUGCGGCGAAGAUCUGCCUACUGACAUCUUUUAGAGAUACUUGUUUCAUUGAAAUUAUGCCACAAUACCAGCCGCCUAAACGUGAGCUGUGGUUAAGCUUCUGGUCUGAGGUACACUACAAUUCGCUAUACGAAAUCCGAGAUGCUCCAAUCCCACAAAAACCAAGGAAGAAACACUGGUUAUUUUAGAGGAAGCAGAUUAAAUCAUCUGGGUAUAAGAUAUUGGAUUCAGAAAGGGAACUUUGGUAGUGUAUAUAUAUUCUUACUUAUAUUGACAUGUUUCUUAUAAUUCUUUUAAUUAUUUUUUUAUUUAUUAUCAUUCAUAUAAUUAGUCCUUUUUUUUUUUUUUUCUUUGAGAAAAAUUCAUAUAAUUAUUGUUGUACAAUUAUUGAUAAAGUCUUGGCAGUGAAGAGCAUGAGAUUGUCUAACUCAUGAUUAUUAGAAUA